GAGACGAACGUCACACGCGUCCUAGCUGUUUCAGAGACAAGGGUCGACUUGCAAAGUUCAGAACUAUAUUUAACGGAACCAAAUUUGAAAAAUCUCUGUUAUAUCAAUAUUGACAGUAAUCUACUCCAACAAAUUUGGCAUAAUAUUAAAUAAGCUCUUGCUGCGAAGUAGCUCCGCAGUUUUAUUUUAAAGUGUUUUUGUGUCGCUUAAUUUAAUAGAUUACGGUACUAAUUUGAUUACAUUUUUAUUGUGGAAAGGAUUGAGUGUGAAAUAAUGUGUUAGAGAUUGAUAAGCAUGAAGAUUUUCACAAUAUUAACAAUUCUCGCAUUUACCUCAGCAUACAAGAUCACACAACUUAAAGUGCCGCUGUAUGCAGACCCACGGCGUGCUGCAGAACUCAUAUGUGAUUUUCAGAUGAAUGACGAGAUUCUACACUCUGUCAAGUGGUACAGAGAUAUGCAUGAGAUCCUUCGAUAUAACCCCUCACAAGUGCCUUCGAUAAGACUAUUUAACGUUACGGGCAUAAUUGUGCAAGGCGGUGAGUGCCAGGCUGAAUGGUGUAUGGUGCGAGUGAUGCCUCUCCCUUUCGCCGUCCGAGCGGCAUUCACUUGCGAGAUAUCUACGGAAGGACCAAGAUUCCAGAUAGCGAGACAGACCAAGCACAUGACUGUUGUCGCGAUGCCAGAGAGGGAUCCUGUCAUAAUUGGAGCUCCAAAAUUAGUGAGACCUGGAGAACAUGUAUUGCUUAAUUGUAGCUCGGACUUCUCGCUGCCACCUGCAAAUAUCAAUUGGUACAUUGGUAACGAGGUUCAAAAGCAAGAGAUGUGGCAGCGUACGAAGUUAAGUUUACCCCAAGCGGGAGGGUUACGUGCCUCCUGGCGCGUACUUCAUCUUGCAGUCCCGACAGUAGAGAGCGGCGCAUUGCGCAUGCGCUGCGAGGCUGAGCUGCCAGUGGAGCCACCAGUCAUACGUGAUACUAGCGUUGUCCUUACACUCUAUUCGCGCACGCAACUCUCCAAAUACGUUUCCAACACAGGCGCAAGAAUCGACUUUCAGUUAGUGUGGGCGACGAUGUGUGUCUAUGUUCUAAUGGUAAUAACCUUAUGAGGCACAAAUAGGACACGUUAAAGAUGUAGUAUAACGGUCAAAAGUACUAAAACAGUAAAAGAUUGUUUAAGUGAAAUUAAUAGGGAAUACCGUAUACUUACCUGAAUUUUACUUUUUGGGAGAGUUAAAUCUGACAACACUGAAUCACGAUUAUUAAUCUUAACCAUAUUUAAUAACACCGUAGUUUUUAAUUUAUUUUAAUAACUGUACAUA